AUUAUGAAGUGGAUCAGGGCUUGUUUACAAACUGCCCAUUAUAGCUUCAACAUAAAUGGCAGCAUUUGUGGGUUCUUCAGAGCUAGAAAGGGUGUCAGGCAAGGUGAUCCUUUGUCGCCUUACCUGUUCACCAUUGCUAUGGAGGGGUUAUCAACUAUGUUGCUUGCAUCAAGUCAGACUGGUAGAAUUCCUUUUCACCCUCAAUGCAGAGGGUCUCAUUAAAUCACCUAUGCUUUGCGGAUGAUAUUCUGGUUUUUACUACUGGCUCUGCUCAGGCAAUCCUCCAGGUUAAAGAGGUCCUGCACCAUUUCUAUAAGCUAUCAGGGCUCAAGAGCAACCCUUCAAAAUGUGAAAUAUAUUUUUGGAGGAGAGGCUAUCCAGUAUAAGAGCAAUGCUCUGCAUCUUUCUGGUUUCAAGGAGGGUACUCUGCCUGUCAGAUACUCGGGGUUUCCCCUGAUGUCUGGAAAGCUCUCUUCUAAAGAGGUUGAUAUACUUGUGGACAAGAUAACUAAAAGGAUCAAAUCAUGGCGUGCCAAGAAACUAACAUAUGCUGGUAGACUGAAACUUAUUGAUUCAGUCUUGCUUGGAGUAGUUCAAUAUUGGAUGCAGCUUUUUGUACUCCCAAAGAAAGCAUUGAAGAAGAUCCAGCAGGUUUGCUCUCAAUUUCUAUGGCAUGGUAAUGAUAUGGGUAAGGCAAAGGUUGCAUGGGGCUCUGUGGCUUUGCCUAGGAUGGAAGGUGGUCUUGGGUUAAAGGAUUUGGUUGCAUGGAACCAAGCCUGUGCUGCUCGAUUACUCUGGUUUUUUCUUAUGAAAGCUGGGACCUUGUGGGUGGCAUGGGUGGCAGAAUAUAAGUGCAGGCAAGGAGAUCUCUGGUCAAUGAAAGUGCAGUAUAGUAGUUCCUGGGUUUGGAGAAGGCCGCUGAAGCUGCGUGGUGUUCUUGCACCAUGGAUUCAACAGCAGAAUGGGACAUACUUUGGGAAUCGCAGGAGAUGAGGGUUUACUCAGUUAAAAGAGUUUGGGAAACUUUGCGCAAGAAGAAGGCUAAAGUUUGCUGGUAUAAGCUCAUCUGGAGCAAGUAUUGUCCUCCUCGGUUUAGUUUGAUUGCUUGGCUGAUAAUACGAAAUACUAUCACCACUCGAGACAAGUUGCUGAAGUGGGGGAAAAUUAAAGAUGCUGCCUGUCCACUAUGUGGCACAGGAGUAGAAGAUCGUGAGCACCUUUUUCUCUGCUGCAAUUUUUCUCAAAGACUCUAUGAGCAGCUUCAUAUACCUCAUUUGAAUUUUCAGAAUUGGGAUGCGAUGAUGCAGGUUAUCACAGGGUUUAUCAGCAGGAGUUCUCAUGGACAGUGGCACGCGCUGCUGUGGUGUAUAACAGUGUCUUAUAUCUGGAAAGAACGCUGCCGAGUGGUACAUGGAACCUUAUGUAGAACGCCAUAACUUAUUGUUGAUCUAAUUAGAGCCGACUUAAUGUUCAUAUCUCAUGGGGAUAGAGGGAUUCGAGAUGCUUUUGUUCAUCUUGGUUACUUAUAGGCUUAUAUUUGAAAAGUGUAAGUAUUAGUUUUCGAGAGCAGGUGAGAUUAGUUUCAGCUAGUUGAGUGAUAUAUCGGGGGACAUCCUCCUUGGAAGCCCCCUUCGUUGUAUCGGUUACCUUUCCUUGAGAAAUAAAAGCGACUGAUUCAACGAGAAAAAAAUUGAGGUUUUCACUUAUUUAUAACUUUAUUAUAGCUAAAAUAUGAGGUAAUAUGAGAAAAAUUCUAAGUAAUUUGACUAAGAUUACAUGUAAUUUAGGCAAGAACGGGUCGAGAAUGAGGCGGGUCAGGGCAGGUCGGGUCGACGAGAGGUACCCAUGCCCGCCCUGCCCCUCCUACGGGACGGGUCGGACCCGCCCCAAAACAGACCAAACAGGUCGGGUAAAACAGGCCAGGUCGAAAUUGCCAUCCCUACAUCAAUCCCUCUCGCAUUAGGAAUGGCAAUUGUGAUAACAUGAUAAAAUAUAGUUAGUUUAGAUUCUCAUUUAUUUACAACUAUAUUAUUUUAAAAUUAUAACACAUUUAAAAUAAAAUCCUAAUUAAUCCGAGUAAAAUUAUAUAUUAUUUAGAAAAAACAUGUAAAGGAUGUCAGGAUGGGUGAGGUCGAGAAGAGUACUCAUACCCGCCCGCCCCCAUGAGGGGUAUGGGUUGCCCACUUUAAAGCACGUCAAAUAGAUCAGACAAUAUGGAUUAGGUUAAAAUUUCCAUCCCUAUUUCAUGAUAUUUUUGUAAUGACUUAUGUAAGAAUUUUUCAUACAUAUUAUCUAAAAUACCAUCUUUUACAUGAAACUUAUGUAACUUCUUUAUAUAGGGGUUAUAUGGUAGCAAAAUAAUGGGUUAUUUAUACAUGGGAGUACAAAAAGACGUAUUACCAUUAUAAAGUGGAGGGAAAGUAAUGUUGCAAGGGCGGAGGGUUUUGGACAUAUGUAAUUAUACAAUUGAAUUGAAUAGUGAAUAUCAAUCUAACUUUAUCUUGUGAAGAAAAAAGUGGAACCAGACUUUGUAAUUUUGAAGUGCGAAGGACAAGAUUUUCUUUUGGAGUUGCAUAAUGCUGAGAACCUAUUUCAAAUUAGUGGUAGAAGAGAAUAUCCUCCUCUUUUUCUAAAAUUGAGAUUAGUGAAAAUCACAUAAAUGACGGUGGAAAUUACAAAUCUCAUAAGUGAAUUCGUAGUUUGAAAGAUCAUCAAAGAUGGGAAAGAACACAUCUCCAACAAUUAUUGCAAACCGCUUGGAUGAGGUAACUUUAUUUUGCAUGAUAAUGAUGUUUCAUAUUUGUAUAAUAAGUUUUGCUUUCAAAUUUGUUAGUAAUGAAAUGAGAAGAAUGACAAAGACCUUUUUGAUGGUGGAGGAAUGAUGCUGAGAAACUAUUAUCCUAAAUUAUAAGGCAAUAAAAACACAAUCCUAAGCAAUCUAAGUAAAACUAUAUAAAAUUUAGAAAAAAAUGGGUUGAGCAUUGAGGAUGUUAGAAUCAAUGAGGCCGAUAAGAAUACUCACACCCGCCCGCCCCUAUAAGGGGUAUGCAUUGCCCACUUUAACACAUGUCAAAUAGAUCGGAUAAUAUGAGUUAUGUCAAAAUUGUCUAUCCCUCUUUCGUGACAUUUUUGUAAUGGCUUAUGUAAGAAUAUUCAAUACACAUUACCUAAAAUAACAUUUUUUACAUGAAACUUAAGUAACUUCUUUAAUUAUAAAGGUUAUAUGGUAGCAAAAUAACGGUGGUAUUAUUCAUGAGAGUACAAAAAGAUGUGUUACAAUUAUAAGUGGAGGGCAAUUAUUGUUCCAAUGGUGGAGGUUUUGGACAUAUGUAAUUAUAUUAUUGAAUUGAAUAGUGAAUCUCAAUCUAACUUCAUGUUGUGAAGAAAUAAGUUGAACCGACCUUUGUAAUUUUGAAAUACAAAGGACUAAGAUUUUAUUUGAAUUUGUAUGAUGCUAAGAAACUAUUUACAAAAUAGUGGUAGAAGAGGACAUCCUCCACCUCUUUUUCUAAAAAUUGAGGUAAUGGAGUUAAAAUCACAUAAAUAACAGUGAAAAUUUACAAAUAUCAUGAGUAAAUUCAUAGUUUGAAAGACAAUAAAAAAUGAGAAAGAACACAUCUCCAAUAAUUAUUGCAAAUGACUGGGAUGAGAUAAAUUUGUUUGGCAUGAUGAUAAUGAUGUUUCAUAUUUGCAUAAGUUUAAGUUUUGCCUUCAAGUUUGAUAGCAACGAAAUGAGAAGAAUGACCAAGAUCCUUUUAAUGGUGGAGGCAUGAUGCUAAUAAACUAUUUACAACUUUAUUAUUGUUAAGACAAUAAAAAUAAAAUCCUAAGCAAUAUAUCUGAGUAAAAUUAUAUAUAAUUUAGACAAAAACGGGUUAAAAAGAGUAAUCAUACCCACCCGCCCCCUAUAAGGGUAGGUAUUGCCCAAUUUAAACCAGGUCAAAUACACCGAAUAAUAUGGGCUAGGUCAAAAUUGUCAUUCCUAUUUCAUGAGAUUUUUGUAAUGGCUUAUGAAAGAAUUUUAAAUGCGCAUUAUCGAAAAUACCAUCUUUUACAUGAAACUUAUAUAUGUAACUUACUUAAUUAUAAGGGUUAUAUGAUAGCAAAAUAAUGGGGUCAUUUAGGCAUGGAAGUACUAGGGACGGAGCCAGGAUUUUUAAGUAGGGGGGCCAAAUUUUUUUCCAAUACACAUGUAUGAGAUUU